AUGUCUUCCAGGUUCGGCGCCGCGCGCCCGAAGCGUGCCGGCGAGAGCUAUGCGCGCGCACACCAUGCUGAGACCGGGCCCGACGCCAAGAAGGUCAAGUUCGACAUGCGCAAUCCCUCUGCGCUCGCCACAAAUGAAGAGGACGAAGCCCCGGACGCCUUCCUGGAAGCAGACGCAGAGGUCAUUCGCGGGAGCGCCGCCACCAAGCGAGGUGCGGUCAACAUUGACGGCUACGACUCCGACUCGGACCGCGAGGAGCUCGGCAGCAACAGGGUCAAGAACAAGCCCGAGAAGAACGUCGACGAUGUGGACGACAUGUUUGCCGACGAAGACGGCGACGAGAAGGACGACGAGGUCGACUACAGUACCGGCAAGAAGAGCAAGGAGGUCAGAUUCCUCGACAACCGCGAGAUCGAGGGCCAAGACCUGAGAUCCCAGGGUGGUGGCCGGGUUCGGUUGGACGAUGAGGAGUCGUCCGACGACGACGAAGAGGCUGUCCAACUCGCCAUUCAGGAGGAGGACGUCGAUGAGGAGGUCGGCGCUGGCGGUCUCAAGAAACAUGCCCCCAAGGUCGAGGCCUUCAAUCUCAAGGCGGAGGCGGAGGAGGGCCGAUUCGACGAGGCCGGUAACUUUGUGCGCAAUGCCGCCGACCGAGAUGCCCAGCAUGAUCGCUGGCUGGAGGGUGUCAGCAAGAAGGAGAUGAAGAAGGCCGCAGAGGCUCACGAGAAGCGCGAGGCCGAGCUGCGCCAGAAGAGGCGGGAAGAUGACGACAUUCUGACUUCAGAUCUAUUACACGCCCUCAUCCUCCGGCUGGAACCUAGUGAAACUGCGCUGGAGGCUCUGGCAAGACUCGGCAAGGGCCAGACAAAACCCAAGAAACUCCCCAAAUGGAAGCAGAAGAAACAGAAACAGAAGGAUGAUACCAUGGAUGUCGAUGGGGAGAAGGAAAAGGAGGACCCCGAGCAGACUCGCAUCAAGGAGGCCAUCAACGCCAUCACUGAUGCGGCAGACAAGCUGCUGGGCAGAGACCGGCCAGAUAUCUACGACCGCGAACGUGAGCUGCUGAUUCGGGAGUGGAGCAAGGAGACGCAAGAACGUUGGGUCGAACCGGAACCAAAAGCAGACGAGGAGAACACGAGUCAGAUGUGGGAGUUCCGCUGGAUAGACGGCAGGGACGAUGCCGCCAAGCAGGGACCGUACGACAGUCCAACCAUGAAAGCGUGGCAAGACGCAGGAUACUUCGGGGAGGGGGUGGAAUUCCGAGCAGUAGGAGACGAGUCUUGGUCGCGCGUUGUCAACUUCGUAUGA